UCUCUCGCAAACUUGGCACCCGCUCCCAUAAUUUUCACCCGUCUUCAAACCCACACACAGCUGCUGCCUGUCGCAUUGAUACAAAAGCUCGCUACGGCCCUUCCGUCGUGACUUUUUGGUCUCCUCCUUGACUUCUUGUCGAGGUAUCCUCAUGUUUCGAUUCUGGACAUCUGAAUCACGGGGAAGCGACAAGACGCUGCCGGCAACACCACCAAUCGCAGACCUGCUGAAGCCAUUUCAGUCACCCCUGUUACCAGAAACGAAAGUAUCAGGGUCGCCCGAGGCGCAGCCUCCUAAACGGAGACGGCCAAGCGUAUAUGGCUCUGAUGAAACGUCCGAUAUGAACGUGCCUAUAAAGCGCGCCAAGAUAGACCUAGAUAUAAUAGGCGACAGUUUCUCAGCAUCCGGCCCAAAACCACAAGAAAGUCCUACGGCCUCUAGUUUGGACGAUGCCCGGGAUGAGAUUCGCCAUCAGUUUGGUCUUGAAAUUUUGCUAAAGCAUGAUGAACUUCGGCUCAUUAACCAGGAACUCGCGAAAUGUCAGGUUGCUCUGGAGCAGCUCCGACGUUGUCAUCUCAUCCCUUACCCUGUGAAUUGCCCAACUCCUGAACAGAUGCUGAAUGUCAGUGCCGGAAAGGGGCCAGCUAUUCAGUCACGUCCGGGGGAAGCUGUACCAAGGUGGGCACCCCCGUUUGGUGUCGUUGAUGGCCCAUAUGCCAGACACUAUGCCAAGUGGCUUAUUCCUGAUCCUUCGUUUGAUGGCAUACAGCCCGAGUGGCAUUUUACUCCAGAAGCCUCACGCGCGAGAGCUUCGUUUGCUGAAGGGCGGACGACAAGAAAUAGCUUCACCGAAUCUGGAACUUCGCUCAAGGCCCGUUCAGGCCGUGGAGCUGGGAGUCAGAAGUUACAAUCUUUGUCAAGUGGCUAUCCUCAACCAAAAGACAAGGCUGGCCCAUGUAUCUUGAAGCGCGCCGAUGGGAAGACGGUAAAGUUGGUAUGUCUUGAUUGCAACCGGGAGAACUUUUCAAGUACUCAGGGAUUUAUCAAUCACUGCCGCAUUGCUCAUAAGAGGGACUUCAAGAGCCACGAGGAAGCAGCCGUUCAGAGCGGACAUCCAAUUGAAGUAACAGAAGGGGGGGUUGUUGGAGAGGAAAAGGCGCCUACACCGACCAUGCCAACUCUGACUUCCACUUCUGUGCAUCCUUUCGCCCAACCUGAUAUGACUGAACAGCAGGCAUACAUUGCUCUCAGAUCAAGAAUUGCCGAUUCGCUUAGGCUUUAUCAUCAAGGCAAGCUGCCUGGCGUCACUCAUAUCCCUUCGCUUCAUGGCGAACCUCGUGGGCGUGAAGUGCAAAUGACUGGCUCUGUCGCAGGAGCUUCGGAUGUGCCCUUUCUCUCACAUCUACUGCAAAGUCGGAAGUUCGACGGCAACUUACGUGAACUGGUUGCAGAUGCAAAGACAAAGAUUGCAUUGGACGAUAUGACUUCCGGUGAAGAAUCGGAGCCUGCUGAGACAUCAAUUGAGGAGAUGGAACUAGGAGACCCGUCUGCUGUGCGAAAACCAGUCGUUAUGCGCGUGCCCGCAAAGGCUACUCAUUCUCCAACUGUCAUGGCCGCAUCAGUCCAUUCAGCCAGUAGCAAAGGUCGUGCCCCUCCAAUCGCUUUCAAGACGUCUGCAAACUGCGGAUCGCGUAAUGCGAAUCCUGUACUUUCAGACGAAGAUUUGGACAUGGAAGAUGUUGACAUGAGCCCCAAUACCAUGGUCAGCAACAAUGCGCCUUCCCUUGUUAGUGAUGAUGGAGAGUACGAUGAUACAGAUGAUGGCUCCUCUGUUUCUGGCACAAGUGAUCAUCUCGAAACCGAGUCAGUGUCGGACGUAGAAGAGAUCACGUUGGAUGACGACCAGGAUUCGCGCUCACUGCGUCGGGGAUCCAGCGGCGCAUCAGGCGCCGUAAGGCUUCGUAAGGACGACCCCAAGCAUGUCACUCUGAUGACGCCGGUCAAGAGUAAUGCCAGGGAACGAAGGUCGCGUAAACUCUGAACUAUUGGAACAUAGCAUCUACACAUUGUGUGCCGAUCUUUCCACCCAUUAUUGCCAACGCUAUACAGUCACAAACCAUUGGAUUCGCCUUUCUUCUUGAACCACCGAUUUUCAACCAUAUAUUUUUUUAGUCAAUAUGUUACGAACAACCACUGGGAACAGGUCACGAUUGAGAAACGACAACUGCUUGGUUUCAGUCUGUCACAAACGAAAAUUGGGGCUAUUGGGGGCGCUUUGUGAGAUUACAGUACGGGAAACGUGCGGUCUUGUUUGAAUUAGAGAAUUAUGUAUAUUCACUGAGGCGCUACGGAACGGGACUUCUUAUUGGAAUGCAGUUUGGUUGUUGCACCUCUGUUUUGUUUUCGUUAUUAGUAUGUUGAGCGAUUAUCCCUAGACAAGAAGGGACAUGUUGUACGAUCGGAAUAGUUAUAUCAAGAGUUUAGUUUCAAACAGUUCCGC